CAGAUUAUUUCCAGGUUCCUUGUUUCUUGACCUCGUUCACUUGUUCCAGCGUAUUGGUAAAGGCCAUUUUCCGAACGAGAUCUAUUCCCGGGCCUCAGUGUCCUUCUUCUGCUACUCUUCCCGCUUCCUCGACACAGCUCCCUCAAUAUGGCCCACAAGGUGCUACAGGACAAUUUCGACGUUGACUAUGUCAUUGUCUUUAGAGUCCCCGACAAUGACAAACAAGCCGGAAUAGCGCAAUUCCAGAAGCUCGUGCGUGCCCUCGCCGAAACAGGCCUCACCACCGAAGUCCGACGCGGAGACGAGACAUCCUUACUCGUUUUCGUGAGAGCUGCCGAUGAACAGGUCUUUGCAAACGUUGUUUUCAGAUCAAGGAUCAAAGACUGGCUAUAUGGCAUUCGACAGAUCCAGCCCACCAAAGAUACCGCCGAGACUCUUGCCUCAGAACAGCUGACGCAAGCUGAACGAUACCGGAUGAUCCAUCAUAUGAUAUGCUGUCCACAAGAAGAAGGAGGAGCUGGAAUCACACCUAAACACGGUGAAUGGAAAGCUGUCGAGGCUAUCUUCCCAUUGCACGACCAUGUCAAGAACAAGAAGUGGCUGGCCGAGUUCAGCCGCAAGACAUUUCUCACGCCCGAAGAUCUAGACGAGGUCAGGAAUAUUAUGGGCGAAAAGAUUGGUUAUUACUACGCUUUCCUCCAGUCGUACUUUACCUUCCUCGUCUUCCCAGCUGCUUUCGGAUUUUCGUGCUGGGUCUUGCUCGGCAAUUUCUCAGCAAUCUACGCCAUCGUCAAUGGCCUAUGGUGCGUUGUGUUCGUCGAGUACUGGAAGCGUCAAGAGCAGGAAUUGGCCAUCAGAUGGGGCGUUAAAAACGUGUCUGCAAUUGAAGACAAAAGGAGGGAAUUUGUGCCCGAGAAAUUCAUCACUGAUUCGGUCACUGGCGAGAAGAUGGCCUAUUUCCCGUCAAAGAAACGGCUACAACGACAACUGCUGCAGAUCCCCUUGGCCAUCCUCUGCGUGGUGGCGCUUGGUGCGAUCAUUUGCACUUGCUAUGCCAUCGAGAUCUUCAUCUCCGAGGUGUAUGAUGGCCCGCUCAAGUCUAUCCUGGUUUUCCUUCCUACUAUCAUCCUUACGCUGGCAGUCCCUACCGCCACCAACUACCUGACUCAAUUUGCGGAACGACUGACCUAUUUCGAGAACUACGAAACUCAAGAUGCUCAUGACAAGGCUAUGAUCUCAAAGGUCUUUGUUAUCAACUUCAUCACUUCGUACACGGCGAUCUUUUUGACGUCGUUUGUGUACGUUCCAUUCGCUUCAUUGCUGGUACCGUAUCUCGACGUGUUCAGUCUGACUGUCAAGCCAUUUGCCGAGAAUGAGAAACAAAUGCAGACACCAUCACCUGCACAAUUCACCAUCAAUCCUAACAGGAUUCGAAACCAAAUGAUAUACUUUGCCGUGACAGCUCAGAUUGUCAAUUUCGCAAUGGAAACCGUGGUGCCUCUCCUGACCCAGCAUGGCACCAAAAAGUACAAGGAGAUGCAGUCCGCUCGAGCUGAGAAACAGGGCGGAGCGACCCCGACCGUAGCUGCAGACGACGCCCCUGAGGAGAAGGAAUUCCUGACCCGAGUUCGCGAGGAAGCUGCCCUGCCAGAGUACGACGUCACCAGCGACCUCCGAGAGAUGGUUAUUCAGUUCGGCUAUCUGGCAUUGUUCUCUGUCAUUUGGCCUUUGACACCAGUGUCGUAUUUCAUCAAUAAUUGGAUCGAGCUUCGAGGGGAUACGUUCAAGCUAACGGUCGAAAGUCGACGACCAAACCCUGCACGUACUGAUACUCUUGGGCCAUGGAUCGACAGCCUGGAAUUUCUUGCUUGGUUGGGUAGCAUUACUACUGCGGCCCUGGUCUACAUGUUUAGCGGCGGAGAUGGUCCGGAUGGGCGACCUCACGCUAUCUGCCUGUGGGCACUUCUCCUUAGCGUCUUCCUCUCCGAGCACAUCUUCCUCGUCGUUCGGGUUCUCGUGCGCUACGCUAUCAGCAAAUUUGACAGUGCAGCGAUGCGCAAGGAGCGCAGUGAGCGGUUCAUGGUGCGCAAGAAGUUCCUUGAAGAUGCUGGUUUGGCCGAUGCAAUCAAGCCCGUUGCUGCCUCACCAAACAGCCCUUUGAAGACAGCUUCAGGUGAGCAAGCGUUCGCCAAUAUUACCCGAGAAAGUCUGGAGGAAGAUGCAAGACGUGAUAGUCUCACGAGCGCAACACCUGCGGAUCGCUUCUGGCAUCACCAGCGUAGCUGGGCGGAGUCUGAGAAGGUCGGUGUUGGUAUGAUCGACUUGAUGGAUUUGAGUGGAGGGAACGAGAAGAAGAGGCAAUAGAUGUUUACAACCUUUUGAUGAAGACUCUUCAAGGAGAAUGGUGCUCUCUGGGCGGAGAACGAGUGUGAUGCUAUUUCUUCGAUGGACCCGGAGACUUGAGGCGUCGACAGCACUGACAAGGGAUGUUGGGGUGUAUGCAAAAGCAUUCGAAUUACGAUAUGAAUUGUUAUGAGUAUGGACGCGAGUAACGAGCAAUAGAAAACACUUGAUAGUCCUGUUCAAGCAGGCAGGCUUCCUCCCUUGAG